UGAAAUAAUGAGAGUUCAACUUAUAUUUUAUAAUCAUAACUUUUUUUGUGAAACAGAAAAUUGCAUUCCCCCACAGACCGUGACAAAUAUCUUACAAGGAAACUAUCGCAAGUGACAACUGCUGUAUAAGCUCAUAUUGAAUUCACAGCCAGGUCUCCGUAAGACUAGUAAAAGCUCAAAAAGAUUGGCUCUCAUGUGCUUUUGUUGCCGAGUUAUGGUCGGCAUAGUGGAUUUUCGUUUCAUUUGUAGAUAGUUCUCAAAAAAUCAAAUGACAAAAUUUCGAUCUAAAAUUUUGCCUAUAUAUAGAUCUAAUGAUUCUAAUAAUAUUUUUUAAAGGUUUAGUCGAAAAGAAUGUUGCUUCAUCCAGAUAUUGAAUUUCUAAAAAUAACUCUUUGCCACAGACAUAUCACAAAAAUCAAGUUUACUGGCAAAUUCAAUAACUCGACGACGGAACAUUCUUUUCAGCUAACACUCUCAGGAUAUUUUAAAAGUCAUUAGACUGGCUUAUCUAUAGGCAAAAUGUUGGAUCAAAAUCCCGUUAUCCGCUCUUUUGGAUAGUACCUAAAAAUUGUUCAAAAAAUUCAAGAAAUCAGUCAUAACUCGGCGCCAAAGAUCAAUGAGGAUGAACUCUUUUAAGCUUUUGCUAUUCUCACUGAGACCUGCUUGCAGGUCCAAUAUAAGCUCAAACUUCGGAUGUCACUUGGGAUAGUUCCUUCGUUAGCGCAACACUCAUCCCGCAUUAUAGGCUUUGAUAAAUGUUGUUGAUGUACAAUCAAAGACCGUAUAUGAAUAACAUCUCGUUAUAAUAAAUAAACUACUUCCUUAUUACAUUUAUUGAGAAUUAAGUAAAAGGAUAGUGAAGAAACAAGUCUCAAAAAAUAGAUAGCACACUACAAUCUUCCUAUGAUUAGCAACAGCAGCUAGUGUAUUGUGUUUCACAUUUGAAUCCCAUUGUGAUUGCGCUAACAGUUUUUUUCAUAUGUUUUGCAUAAACAAAAUACCGAAUUGAUCCUAGUUUUCUUUUGUUUUCUUAUAGGCAAGUCUUGAAAUGGCUUUAAAUGAUUUAUCAACAUUUACACGAAUGCGUCAAGAUGGUUCAUUUAAAUCCUUAUCUGUUGAAACACGAAAUGUUCUUACUCGUCGUUUAUCACCAUCAAUAAAUGAAACUGAACGUCAUGCUAUACAUUGUCUUAUAUUUACUGAACAUCCUGAUCAUGGACGUUCAUCACUUUGGUGUGCAUAUGGUUCAAAACUUAAAGUAUUUAAUGUAACAACAUGGAUAUGUGAUCCAAGUGAUAUAUUAUUUCCAUCAUUAAUAACAUGUAUGUGUCUUGAUACACGUGAUAAACUUUGGGUUGGUUGUAUUCAUGGUCAAUUAUUUGUUGUUGAUACAUUAACACAUGUUUGUGGAUCACAAAUAGCAUCGAUUGAUGGUGAAGGCGGAUGUCAAACAAUAGCAUUUGAUAUACUACAUAAUCAUAUUUUAGCUGCUAAUCGAGCUGGUUUAGUUACUGUA